AGGACAGUAGACCUCAUUAGACAAUCACCCUUGCCAUCAGAUGUUUCCAUGGCCGUGAAGAAGAAGCUCAUGGAAAUGUUUGGAAGUGGCAUGACAAACAUGAAGUUUGCAGUCAGGUCUUCUGCUUCGGGUGAAGAUUCAGAAGAAAUGUCUGCUGCUGGCCAAAUGGAAACUUUUCUUGGAGUUGGAGAAAUCGACGAGGUCUUGAAGACUGUCGUUAAAUGUUGGGCGUCACAGUUUACGUUUGUAGCUACAGAAUACAAAAGGAGAAAUGGACAGAAUUUGAAUUUACCAAUGGCUGUGGUCAUCCAAGAAAUGGUUCCUUCUGAAGUCGCCGGUGUUAUGUUUACUUGCGAUCCGGUCACGACCAAUCCGAGCUUUAUCACAAUCACAGCUAAUUAUGGCCUUGGUGAGACUGUUGUAUCUGCCAGCGCAGACCCAGACACUGUUAUUCUACACAGAGAUUAUCAGAACCAACUAAAACCUCACUCUAGUACGACAGGAAAGAAGAACGUUCAGAUUGUUAUGGAAAAUGAUGGAGGCACUAAGACGAUAGAAGUACCAGAGGAAAAAGCCAACCAGAAAUGUAUAUUGGAUGAGUGGACGAUACCGUUGGGGAAGAUUGGAGUAGAGGUGGAGUCUUCCUUUGGAAGUGCCAGGGACAUUGAAUGGGCAUUAUAUCAACGAGAUAUUUAUCUUCUUCAGGCUAGACCUAUUACGUCAUUACAUGCUGAAACCGACUUCGAGAUCAUGCACGAGCUAGACGGGAGCCUGCGCAGUGAAAAAGAAUAUUUGACGAAGGCAAAUGUGGGGGAAGUUUUUCCAGGAGCACAGAGUUUUCUUGGAGCUACCUUCAUUUCUCCAAUUUUCCAAGUUGUUUUCAGAAUCAUUUGGAAUAAACGAGAAGGAAAGAGAAUACCCAAGUCCGUUUACGCCACACGUGGUUUUGUAAACUCUUAUAAUCAUCUGAUAUUCAACAUGUUUGAUUUCAUGUUUCGUGAUGUUAAAAAAGACGGUACACUCUCUAACUUCUCCAAAGCGUACAUUAUCUCCAUGUUUGGACGUUUGGUUGAUGACCCAGAGAUUCUCAAGAUGGCGGGGGAAAGAAACGACCCUCUCCCAAGAAUACAGUCUAUAAAACGCAUUCCAUUUAUGCUGUGGGUAAGUCCUGAUAUUUCUAAUGUGUCCAGAAUUUCCAAAGAUACUGUG